GUAUGUCCCCUAAAAUAGUCAAUUGGAUAUACAUAGCGGUAGUCAAGCCAAUCCUACUAUAUGGAGUGGCUCUGUGGUGGACCGCUUUACACAAACAAUGUAUCUUAACUCCACUUAACAAAGUACAGCGCAUGGCGGCCUUGUGUAUGAGUGGAGCCCUUCGAACUACCCCAAACGAAGCGCUGAAUGCGAUCUUGAACCUCCAGAGCCUGGACUUAGCAGGAAUGGAAAGGGCGAAAUCGGCAGCCAUUCGACUAAGGGAUACAGGGCAAUGGAAAGCCCAACUGUAUGGUCACGCUAAGAUUCUUCAGCAUGACAAAUUGAUCCCGCCAAAAACGGAUCUAUGUAAAACCCGUGAAUACAAUCACACGCCCUUCGAAGCUCUGAUCCCAGGCAGGGAAGUUUGGGAUCGUGGCCGACCGGGCUCAAUAGACGCAAUCUGUCUAUAUACAGACGGCUCCAAACUAGACGGACACGUAGGUGGAGGCAUAUACUCCGAGCAAUUAGAGAUCAGGCGGUCUUUCAGACUUCCUGACCACUGCAGUGUCUUCCAAGCGGAAGUGUACGCUAUAAUGGAAGCACUUGUCUGUUUAAGGGACUUAAACACCCAGAACAGACACAUAAACAUAUAUAGUGAUAGCCAAGCGGCUAUUAAAUCAAUCUACUCGACAAACACAAGCUCCCGAACAAUAGCAGACUGUCGCAAAUCUCUCCACGAGAUGGCUAAUCAGUUUACUGUCAGCCUUAUAUGGGUUCCGGGUCACCGGGAUAUCGUAGGCAACUGUAUAGCAGACGAGCUAGCCAGGCAAGGCACCACCAUACCUCUCCUUCCAGGAAAGGAGAAUGUCGGCAUGCCGAUGGCUACUUGUAAGCUAAUUAUUAAAAACCACUUCAGCAAAUUAGCCAACACUUAUUGGCAAAACACACCGCAAUGCCGAAUCUCUCACCAGACAUGGCCUGUAAUAAACAAUAAGAAAACAUCAGAACUACUCAAUUUCAGCGCCGCACUGAGUGCAGCAUGCUAA